AUGAAAGCAUUGUUCAUCUAUUCCAUUCCUCAAUCGUCUGACUGGUAUAUUGUUAUAACCGAUACCCUGAACCACUUUUAUUUCAAUUCAAAAGAUGGUAAUGCAUAUUGGCAAUUGAGUGACUUGGUUGGUAAAUAUGGCAUUAUUAUAGAACAGUUUUUUGCUUCAGUUAAUUUUGAUCAAUUGGGAUUACUAUUUGCUAAAUCACGAGGAUUGAAGUUACCAAAGAGAGAAAAGUAUGAUGAAAGUAAUGUUUCCAGAAGUGAUUUGGUACGACGGGAUCAAAAGGAUGUCCCUGAUGAAGUGGAAAUCGUGUAUGAAAACGAAUAUAUCAGCAACGAUAAUAACGACGUGAAUGAAGGGCCUAAUUCUGGCAAUAAAAGCUCCCAACUGGCACCUUCCCCCGUUAAGGGGAUUGUUUCAGGAUAUUCAUCCAGCGAGGAAGAGGUUGAGGAAGAAGAAGAUGUCACUGACAGAGCAAGUGAAGAAGCUCGUCAACAAGUCUUGGAGGAAGAUGAGAUUGGAGUUGAUGCCUUAGUUUCCCAAGUACUAGAACAAAGAGGUGUUGAAGAUGAACAAUCAGACAACGAAAGUCAAGUAUCACUUGAUUUAUCAGUUGAUGAUGAACCGGAUCAGAAAGCAUCAGCUAUUCAGGAAUUCGAAGAAAUGUUGAACAAUUAUUCAUCACAAAUAUCAUCAUUUGACAGUUGGGAUAUAAUUGAAGAUCAACUAGUAAAAGAAUUUAUUAAAUACCCCAUAUAUCAUUCCAUUGGAUCGCGAAGAGAGAAAGCGGAGAUUUUCCAGAACUGGGUAGAUAGUAGAGAGGAUGAAGAAGAGUCUUUUCCAACGGGGCAUGAUAGUGAAAAGAUAUUCCCAACUCAAAAGAUACUAUUCCUUUCUCUAUUGCAACAACACAAAGAUCAAGUGAAAUCAUCAUUUUAUCAGGAAUUUUACACAUCCCAUUAUAAAGAGAUAAACAAUAUUGAUAUACCCAAAUCAACAAAGGAAGAAACAUAUCGCAACUACAAGAAAUUCAUUCAAGAUUUUGCAAAAUUCGAAAAGGACUACAAAAAGACCGCCGAGUAUAAAAAAGGUGUUAAUGUUAAAGUAAUGAAAUUGAAAGAAUAUCUUUCAUCUCAACAGAAUUUCCCUAAAGGGUCAUUCGCCAUUAACCCCGAAUCUUCCUUCUUUGAAAAUUGGGUAGAUCUAUUGAAUCAAUUUUUCAAAGAUGAUACAACAGUUGCAGAAGCGGAAAUUAAUUUUCUUCUCGGUGAUGAAAAAAGAUUAAGUAGUUACAUAGCCAAACUUAACGAAUCAUAA